GUUCCCGAGGAACUGACGGGCUGCUGUGUUGUUACUUUUUUUUUUUUUGGAUUGACAAUCGUGGUGCUUUAAGAAAAGUUUGAGUGUAAUGAUCAUUGAAGCAGAUUGGACCAAGAAUAGACAGAAUAAAGAAGUGUUUUAAACCCGCGGGCGUACAUUUCAACAUUUGUUCAAAGUCUUCUAUACGACAACCGCUCCUGAUUUCUAUCGGUAAGUCUGAGCAAAGCGCCACUUUGAAAUAAUAAUAAUAACAACGCGUAAAAAUAAUUCCUUAUUGACGUAAUUUAUAACUUUAUUUUGAAAACGUACAGCUUCUCAAUGAUAAUUCUUAUUUAUAACUUAUGUUACACUCUAUAAACCCGAGAUACUGGGCCAGCGCGUGGGCCAUGCAAUCUCUAUGGUUGUAGAAGGCCUCGGAGAUUUAAAAAGCUAGAAAACAUUUUCUCGUGUCACUUGAGUAGCUAAAAAACCGUUCGCAGGCCACUUAAAGACUAGAAAACCGUUCGCGGGCCACUUAAAGACUAGAAAACCGUUCGCGGGCCACUUAAAGACUAGAAAACCGUUAGUGGGCCACUUAAAUAGCUAGAAAACUGUUCGCGGGUCACUUAGAUAGCUAGAAAACAUUUUUUCGGGCCACUUAAAUAGAUAGAAAACAUUUUCUCGGGCCACUUAAAUAGUUAAAAAACCUUUUCUCGGGCCACUUAAAUGGAUAGAAAACCCCUCGCGGCCGCAUGCCAUUUAAAAUAAAAUGAGUAAAACCAAGUAGGGUUAAACCUGAAAAAAAAGUAACGCAACAAAACAACGAACGUGUCGGCAGGAAGCCUUCGUCCCCGAACAAAAGGACAGAAAAAAAAAAAGAAAAAAAUUUAAAAAUAGCAUUUAGCUUAGAAGUAGUAUCCGGGGGCAGCAAAUGAAUUGUCGUAUGUCAUUUAACUAUUAACUUUAAAAAAAACAACAACAAAAAACGUGGUCCUUAUUCUAUCCUCGCAGAAUCCAUCUCUCCCGUACUCAAAUUAUCCGUUACAUCAUAGCAGUUAUUAUACAAUGUAUGAAAAACCACGCGAAACACAACGUCUUUUUAAAAGAGAAAGUUUAAAAAAAAAAUAAUGUAUAAACUUUUAUAAUCUUCAAUGUAUCUGUUGAGGCUUAAAUUAUGUUUAAUGAUCUUUAACAAUAUUCGCUUUCUUGGUUCAUCAGGCCACCAUGCAUCAAUCCAAGGAUAUUGAUCUGCUCUUGAUUGGAAAAACCGGAAACGGAAAAAGCGCAACUGGGAAUUCAAUUUUAAUGCGAAAAGUUUUCAAGACGAGCGGCAAUAUGACAUCUGUGACCAAGAAAGUCGAUUUUGAAGUGAGCGAUUUCAACGGGCGCAUCAUUAAGGUGGUGGAUGCUCCCGGGAUAUGUGACAACAGUAAGGAAGGUGGCGAGGAAGCCUUGGAUCUUGUGGUGACUUCUUUAAAAUACGCCAUUGUCUCUAACCCGAAGGGUUUUCACGCUUUCAUCAUCGUCAUCAAAUACGGACAAAGGUUUUCUGGAGAGGAACAGACGGCGAUAAGUAAUUUGAAAAAGAUUUUCGGGGGAGAUUCCUUUAAGCAAUACGGCAUCUUGAUAAUGACGAACGGCGACUCAUUUGAGGACGACGCCGAGGGCACGGGACAGACGUUUAGAGACUGGUGCCGCGAGCAGCAAGGGGAGAUAAGAACACUUUUACAAGAGUGCGACGACAGAAUUGUUUUAUUCAACAACACGACAAAGGAUAAAACGGUGAUGGCAAAACAGUUAGCAGAGCUGAUAAGUGUAGUGGAUAACAUGCCAACACGGGGGGCGCGGUAUACGGACCAGAACUUUAAAAGGGCGAAAGAGGAGCGCAAAAGACUCAUUCUCGACACAAAGACGCCCGUCAUAGAGCAAAAGACCCUCAAUGAGGUCAGUCUCAUUCUUCAAAAGCUGGAUACCUUGAUUGAUACGAAUGACACCGUUAGCAAGGUGGAGCCGCUACAAGAACUUUUGGAGAGAGAUCAAAGAUUAUUGAACACCGUAAUUAUAGAGGACAAAAAAACAGGGAAGUUGAAAAAACUCGCCGACACCGUGAAAUCUGUGGAAGAAAAUCUCUCGGAUGAGCUCAAACUGACUAAAGCUUGGACGAAAAGAAUGGAGGAAAUCAAAAGAGAAAACGAACGACUUAGAGAACGCGAUGAUCAGGCAAAGAAAUUAGAAGAGGAGCGAUUAAAGCUUGACAUAGAAGCUCGUGAGUUGGCUCUGAGGAAGGAAAUGGAUGAAAACAGGAGGAGGCAACAGGCAGCAAGCGAAGAGCUGGAGAAGAAGUAUAGGGAAAUCAAAGAUUCAAGCGAAGACGGCGCCGUGACGAAGAUAGUUAUGGGCGUGACUAAACCUUUCAGGGCAUUCGGUGAUUGGCUGUUUGGUUAGAGUACAGAAUGAAAAAAAAUGGUAGCUUUUAGAAAGAUCGCAUUUAUUGUAAUCUAAAACAGAAACAGAUUUUUGAAAAAGUGAGCUCAGUGUCAAAGGACUUAAAAAAAAAAAAAAAUAAAAAUAAAAACCUUAAAUAUUUUUUAUCCAUUCCCGUUAAAAUAUUUUUUGGUAAACAUUCUCAUUAUUUGCAUUUUUAAUCAGUUACAUGUAAGUGAUAGUCAUUGUGUAGAAUUAUUGUGUGGGAGCAUUGUUUUACCGCUUUCCUACAAAAAUGAUGGGGAUUCCCCUAUAACCCCCCCCCCCAAACCCCCCACACAAACACACACACAUCCCUGGCACCUGGGAGUCAAACCCUCUGCUUUGAUAAGUAAAUGUUUGACUCUGAAAUAAUAAGGUCAUAAAAUAUGAAAAAAAAAAAAAAAACUUCCUUGGUUUUAUUUUCUUUCUGACGCCUCCUGUGAAACUACAAAAUAAACUUUUUUUUUUUUGAACAGAUCUAAAAACGUUUUGGUCCCCAUUUAAGUGUGAGUUGGCGACUAUGCGUUAUAAUUCACUUGAUUCAGUUUGCUUUGGCAGCAAGUUAUUUCCAUUGAAUAUUAAGUGAGUAUGUGCACAAUUAACUACAUUUCUCUUUUUAAACAAUUAUAUAAUAAUAUAGAUAGAAGUAGAAGCUUGUGGAAAAUAUAUCUUGUCCAGUUAUUACAAAUUGUUUAUUAUAAUACUUUUUAAGUUAUUAUUAUCUUUUUCUAUUAAAUGCUAGUAGUUAUCAUAUCUAGUUAGUAACAAGCAUCUUGUAUUGCAAAAAGUUUUCUUUAAUGUAACACUUUCUUAAAUUGUGUUUAAACAUUUUAAAAAAUUAAUUUAGAAUGGUUUGGUGUCCCAUUUGAUGAUUAGGCUUUGCCUUUUGUUAUGCAAUGUUGGGAAAAGAGCAUAUGAAAAGGGAAAUUAAAUGAAGGACUGUGUUCAAGUUGUGUGAAGGAAAUAGUGGAGCAAGGUAUGAAAACGGAAGCUGGAUAAGCCAGAGUGGCAAUUCGUUUCAGUUGAUGGAAAAAUGAGAAGAAUGUUAAAUUAUUAUUAUUUAUUUUCAGCAUUGGCAUGGGACUAAAUUGGAAUUUUUGGCAAUGAAAAAUAAUAUUGCAUUGUGGUAUCUAAAUCUUUAAAAAAAAAUCACAUAUUUUGACUGAUUGCUGGAGUUCUUCUUAAUUUUGUUUUUGUCUUGGUUUUGCGCCCACUCUUAUUCUUUUCUAUUUUUUAGGUAGGAUACAUAUAUUAUGUAAAAAAUUUAUUUUUUUUGCUUUUUGUAUUGAUGAAGGCAUUUGCCAAAAGGCCUACGUAUUUAUUUUGUAAUAUCAUCAUAAAUUAAAGCUGAACGCAUAUUGUUUUAUUUACACAUAUUGUUUGUGUCUAAUUAUUCUGAUUGAUGGAGC